AUGGCGAUGAAGGAGCCACGAGAUGCCACAGCCGCAGUCUCGGCAGCUGUUCCGCACGUCUCGCCCGAGUGCGAUCAGCCGCGAAUUCAGCCCGCGACCCGAAAUGCGGAUGCAUCUGCUUUGCAGGCAUACCAGAAAGCGGUGCGUAGCAAUAGAGGCGACUUGCGAGUUGCACUUGCUGAAUCUUCGAAACAGUUGACGCCGCAGUCCGGUCCGCGGGUCAUUCAGCACACGACUAGGUCAAACAAGGUUAUCGACACCGAGAAGACCUUGGAGAAGAAGGAGCUGAAGGCUGACGGAUUAAUCGUUACCGAGAAAAAGCGAACGGUCGAGCACGAAGAGAUUAACGACGACGAGGUUCCGGACGACGGAAGGAACGACGACGACGCAUCGGAAACGAAGAAAGAAAGCUCACAGAGGUACGUUAAGAAGAGAGAAGAGGACGUGGUGGACUACAUCUCGGCCGGCGAGAGAGUCGGUCGAGAAAUGCGCUACGUCGCAGAGACAAGCGAAGGAGAACGAAUAGGCGACUGGUCGCCAUCACCAACAGGCAUGCGGACGACUCGUCUUCACAAAUACUCCGGUUUCCCGGAUGCCGCGCGGAAAGAUGCUCUAACGAAAAAGCCAUUGGAUCUUGAAGAAGAGGACGAGGCGAGAAAAUUCGAAACAUCGAAGUGGCUGGAAAGCCACUUCGGUAGCGACUCGCGCUCCUCCCACGGGUCUCUCGACGCCGACGACUCUCCUCUCCCAACCAGCACCAAUACAAGCUACAUCAAUGUUACUAUGAAGUCCUGCACACCGAAGGAACGCGAUUAUCAAAACGCAAGCUCCAACCGCCAUCAGCGACGUGGUCGAGACUCGGAUUCGCCUUCUAGAUAUUUUCAUGGAAUCAGCGAGUGGUCGGAGCGAUAUCAAGGGAGAGAGAAACAAAAUCACGCACGCUCGAGCUCUCCGGUUCGACGUGUGGAAUCUCCUCGUGCCAACGGACAUGCCCACGGGCAUAAGAGAAAUCAAGUUGAAUCAUCAUAUUCGAAAACUUACGAAUCUUUUCGACGCGAAUAUCAAGAUUCCAUCGAGGAACGGCAACGCACACCUUCCCCACCGAUUCGUCGGAAACCGAAAGAACAAUGGACAAAAUCUGAAGAAAAGAUUAAUUUCAAUGAUCUAUCUUUGGGACGUACCUCAAGUCCGGUACAUGUGGUGCAAAGAACUUGGGAGAGUCGUAGCCGCGAUGUUCAAGAACGCGAUAAAAGCACUUCGCCGCGAUCACGGUCGAUCUCUCCAGAACCGUCGACGCCCCGUCGCGAGGAAAAAAAAUCCGACACUACACGGACAUCAAAAAGUAGCGGUUCUAAGUACAAGAUCGGCGAAUCUUUUCGAAAGCUGGUGGGCAAAUUGCGCUCAGCCAGCACGGAGAGGAAGAAUAAACGGGGAAGUUCGAUCUCGCAAUUGACGCAGACCGAUGACAACGGCCCGACCUAUUUACAGUACAACGUGAUCGAUAGAAAUAUUCCGCUCGUCAGUGAAAGAGUCGUGACGCCGCCGAAGGAUAAACCCCCGGAGAGACCACCGCGGUCACCGCGCAACGUCAACAAAGCGUCGAAUAAAGUGAGGACAGCCACUAAAACGACCGAUCACGUCGUCCAGGAGCAAUGGAAGCGUAGCGAGUCCACGCCGCCGCCUUUGCAGAGGUACUAUUUGGGCGAGGAUCCUUUCGGCGGCAGUAUCUACGGCCGCGAGAAAGGAUACGAGGACGACAGAGACCAACAGCGACACGGAAGACCGCGCGGCUCCGGUAAAAUUACCGUAGAUUCGGAGCACAGCGUUGUCUCCAGCUCCCUCGGCAGAUUUAGCAAAUCCACCAGCAGACUGGCCGGCGAUCACGAGAGGGAGGAGCACUUCCGGUCCACGCAAACAUUACCGCGGAAUCUGCAUUCCGGUGGACAAUCGACACGCUCGUCGCAAGCAACAUCGCAGACCAGGCGACAUCAAGGCGUUCACGCGAAUAUCGGUACGAGACACGGUACGCCCGGUAAAAGGAACCAGCAGCACAGUAGCAUGAUCAACAUAUCGAUCAAAAAUACUGUGAACACGUCUCCCAAAGUGAACACAGCAUCGACCUACAGCACUCUUCAGGCACCACCGAAACCCGAACGGACAUACAAAUCGUCGCUAUCGCGCAGCAAGAGUUUUAACGUCGAGGCGGACAAGAACGGCAUCGACACGCCGACGCGCGCACCGUAUACCUCCAAUUUACACCUGAACCGGUUGGACGAAACACCGCCGCUCAAGAGCCCCGGUAUUCUCGCCAGCAUCAGUCGUAGUACUAAAGAUCUGUUAAAAGAUGGUAAAUAAUAAGCGAUGGUCGUCAGUGACGCAACAAUGUACAUUUCAGUGGAAUUAUACCGCUCUCCUUUCUCUGCACGCGUACACAAAGAUUCUUUUUUUCAAAAUAUGAGCAGAUCAAAUCUGGCAUGAACAAAGAGCUACAGUUCUAGUAAAAUAAUGAAUUGUAUGUAUGUUACGUGUAUUAUAAAUUGCGCUGUAUAUAAAUUAUCGAUAAUCUUGUAUUUUUUUUUAUAUUUGAUAUUUGACCGCCGCUUCUUCUUUCUACUCUUAAUUGCAUCACUGAUGACCACAUGUUUAUUUGUAAAUAUAUAUACAAUUAAAAUUUUAAAUUUAUCCUUAAUAAAUAAUUCAUUUCAUUUUUUAUGUUGCGCCUUUCACGAAAGUGAUCAAGAAAUGAUGGACAAUGCUAAAGCUAGAAAUUAUAUAAUCGAUUUUUUGCUUUCGAACGAGAAAAGCGUAAUUUUAUAUGAUAUACGCAACAUCUUUUUUACGAAAGAUUGACGCAUGAAAUCGUCAAAUCAAAUCAUAUUUGAAAUUGAUUAUAUGAAAUAUAGUAAAAUAGAACACUGAUAACAAUCGUUAAAUUUUUUAACAUUAAAAG